UACAUAUUGUGCCUUUAAGAAUGUUUUGUGAAUCUGGUCUCAUAUUUCAGACCUGUCAGAUCUAAGACUCCAUUAAAAUGCAAAAACUCUUUUUCACAGGAAACGCUCAUCUAAUUGGCAAUAUUGGACUGUCACUUAAGCAGAUCAUUGUCUGAUAAGAGGUUACAGUUCAUGAAUAACUGGGAAAAUGCUGUUAAAAUCUGCUUUGCAUAUUUCUGUCACCUUGAAUGAGGUUGGAAAUCUUCUGACGUUAAACUGAAGGACUGAGACCUAAAUUAUAACGAGUAGCCUACCCUAAAUGAGAUGGCACUUAUUGAUUUCACAUUUAACACUAUAUUUUUCAACUGACAGGUCCUUGGCGCCCAUGGCCGUCUACCUAGACAGCAUAAUUUCUGAGCAUCAUGACGUCCAAAACUACUGCAGUGCGCCAAUGAUGCCUAAAAAGUAUAGUGUGCAAAAAAGUAUAUCUGGAUAUCAACUAAUUAAUAGGCUAUUGAUGCGUAAACAUAUACUGUACGCGCUCAUGAUGCUUGGCAAGCAUCCAUGACACCACAAAACCGUGGGACAGACAGUGACGCUUCAUUAUUUAAGGCGCAGCAGCAACUGCUGUGCGAGUCUCGCGCACUGAGCACUAUAAAUACAGCAGCGCGCGCGGGUCACGCCGCAGACCGUCACGAUCUCCGUCGCACUCUCUGCGUGUUUUUAUCUACUUUAUAUUCGUUCACAUUGGACUUUUCUCGGACGAUAGAUACUAUUAAUACCAAUGAACAUUGUUAUUUAGACUACAAAGACACUUUUAUUCGAACUGGAAUAAGUUUUUUCUUCUCCUCAGGAAUAGCCUAAGUAGUAAGACUCUUCAGACUAAACGGAUGAUGGGAGUCUGAUAUCGCCUUUCGAUUCUCAAGGGCUGUUUAUUUCAUUUUUCCGCCUGUGUUGGUUAAAACGUUAUAAGAUGUUCAGGUGGAGUGGUGCAGCUUUGGAUAAUCUGAAACUCGUCUCAAAUGCUAUGUGUCUCUAAGGUCAAUGGUACUUGUCCCGUAGCCUGGAGAUGAUCCAACACUGCAACUGUUCAGCCCUGGUUGAGGAUGGAGCGCUCAUCAAUCAGACCCAGACGAUGUCUCCGGUGCGCUGCAGGCAAAACUCCACACACAACCCCACGGCAGCAGGCCUGUCGAUGACACUGGGCAUCGUGUCCAACAUCAUAGCUCUGAUCAUCCUGGCUAAAGCGUACGCUCGCCUGCGGAAACGCUCCAAAGCCACAUUCCUGCUGUUUGCCAGUUGUCUGGUGGCGACAGACCUUGCCGGUCAUGUUAUUCCAGGUGCCCUGGUUCUGCGCCUCUACACUGACGGGGGAUUUUGUAACCAUCCCGAUGCCACCUGCCAUUUCUUGGGCGGCAGCAUGGUGUUCUUUGGCCUGUGCCCGCUGUUUCUCGGGUGUGGCAUGGCGGUCGAGCGGUGCAUGGGUGUAACGCGGCCUCUCCUGCAUGCCCGCGUGGUUUGCACCGCACGCACCAAGGUGGUGCUGGUGAUGAUAUGGUUGUUGGCUUUAACUGUAGCACUGCUGCCCUUCUUUCAUCUGGGCACAUAUACCUACCAGUACCCAUGGACCUGGUGCUUCAUUAAGGUGUUAGACAAAACAGGCAUGACAGACGUGUUGUUUGUGCUGCUCUUUUCUGGACUGGGACUGGCCUCGCUGGCCGUGGCAUUGAUUUGCAACACCAUCAGCGUGAUGACACUGGUGAUCGCCCGUCUCCGCAGGAAGAAGUGCAACCGCAGGUCAGCUAAAUCGCAUGACAUUGAGAUGGUGACGCAGCUGGUGGGCAUUAUGGUCACUUCUUGCAUCUGCUGGAGCCCUCUGCUGAUCUUCGGUCUGAUGUCAGUCACCAGCUCAUACAGUGGCUCUGUGGGAAAUGAUCUGAAAACCUACAGGACUUUAAUGGUAACAGGAGUGCGCCUGGCCUCCUGGAACCAGAUUCUGGACCCCUGGGUUUAUAUUCUUCUACGCCGGGCCGUCCUCAGAAAGAUCUACCGCUUAACCACCGGCCGCAGUGACCUUAAGGGGAGCACAUUCCGGCGGUGGGAGAUCAGCUCCUUCCAGAACUCACUGAAGAACGCAAUUAAUUUGAACUAAUGGAGCGAAUGUAGUUUGAACUCUACCACAUGGAAAAGACUAGGAAAGAAAAAAAAUUGGAAAUAGGAUAUUUGGUUAUUAACCAAAUCGUUGCAGUGCAGCGUUACUGAAAGUAGACGUAAGCUCCUACUGUAUUCCUUGAAUGGUGGAUGAAGGAGCAGCUUACUGGUAGUUGUAAUGCCAGCGAUGCUCUGGAUUAACCACAGACUUCAAUAAGCUUUGUAAUUGCGCACAGUGGUGUUCUGGAAGUAAAAAUCCCAUUCAUUUUCUCCAUAAAGGAACUGACUUUAACAACAAUCUUUCAAGACAGACCUACCAUGAACUCUGAGAUUGUUAAAGCAUAAUUUCUCCAAUUUUCAACCCACUUUGUAUUGUUACAGUGCAGGUAGUAUAUGUAAAUGAACAAUGUUUACUCCUUCUUCGUGUUACCUGGACUGAGAAAUUGAUGUUUAUUUGACAUCUCCAGGGCUUUUGUGAAAACUACAGAUUAUACUUCCGCAUUUUUGUAUCCCUGACCAUGGACGGUCAGAUCGACAGAGGGUUAUUAACAAAAAAGUUAUUGUAUGAGUAGAUUUAUCACUGAAAACUGUAUUGUACUUUGUCUACUCUUUAAACAUCAUUAUGGUAAAAAUAGAACACUAUGGCAACAGCUUUUUUUUUACCUGUACGCAAUGCCGUUUUGCUUUCCAGAACUGACAGAACAGCAGUUUCUUUCAGUUUUUCCCCUCUGUUUGGCCUAAAACAGAUUUUCCGUGGCGAUCUCUCCAUAUCUGCGAUUCUUUGCAGCCUUCAGCCACUCCCUACAACACGCAGGAUCCUUUACUGGAAGCUGAAAGUAACUCACUCCCGCUAAACGUUUACUCUUUGAAUUCUUGCACCCGAGAACAAUACAGGUCGACACCAUUAUGACUACAAGUUUGCUAAGAAGUAUUUCCUACUAAAGCAAGGUGGUAUUUGACUCUGGUCAAGAGACUCUGUUUUAUUGAAAACCCAUUUUGCCCGCAGUGAAGUACCCCUUUAAAGUCCCCAUGAAAUCAAAAGUUUUUUGGCUUUUAGUAUGAAUAUGUUACUGUUAUUUAUAAGCAAGUGUGCUCCAAAACAAUGACAAAUUUCACAUUUAGAAGAUAUAAUCAUUCAAAACAUACAGUCUCUCACUUCUGCCAAUAUGGAUCAACGUUUUUUUUGACAUCACUCUGCACUUCAGCUUCUCAUCAGAUUUUCUGACCAAUCAAAUGCUCUCUAGAAUCUAAAGUGUCCCGCCCCCUACAUUAUAAAUAGCUGCUGAAGCUGCAGCUGAAAUCUGUCACUUGUUCACACAUUUACUAUUUCUACAUGGUGAAUAGCACAUAGUGCAUUAUAUAGGGGAUAAGGAACGAUUCAGAAAGUGUAAAUAUGCUUUCCAUUGAGGCGAAUGAAGUCUUGUUUCACGUUUUUGUCUCACGAACCUCCGCAGCAUGCACACAGUCUGCUCCGGUUCAGGGACACGAUAGCACAGAGCAGAUCAUAUCCGCGAGUCGGCGCAGACCACAAAACGAAUCGGACCCAUUUGAAUUCUGCACAGAAUACUAUAUUUUAAAGCAAUAUGGAUGAGAUUAGGAGAAGAAACGGUUAGAGAUUAGAAGGAAACUGAGGCUUUACCAAGCUCAACGGCUCUGGCUGUGAUAUAAACAAAAUGCUAUUGGUCAUUUCAAUUUUACACUAUCAUCAAUGACUUAUUGCCAAUAAUUUCAUAUAGUACCACUGUGUAUUUUUUUUUUUUAUUAAUUUACAUAAUUCACAAUGCUUUAAGGGAUGAGUUCAUUCCCUCAUAAACAAAUUUUAUACACAGAAUUUCAAAUACUUUUUUGCUUCAGUUCAAAGUUUGUAGGGUUGAUUGAAAUCAUUUUCUAGAAUGCCUAUGGAGAAAAUGAAUGGGGAAAAUAUUUCUGGAACCAAGGGUCUGGAAAAAGUAGAUGAGAAUGUGAAAAUGUGCUAAAUGAGAAUGUGAAAUGGACUACAACCAUGCCCUAAUCAUGUCACCUCCAUUAUUUUACUAUUUAAAUUGUUAAUGAAGGAUUGUUAUAAUCAUAAAUGCCAAUGAGUCAAUUAAACUAUUAUGACAUUUUAAGUUAUAAAGAUGACAAAUAUCUGUUAUAAAAAAACGAACCCUUAGUUCCCAUGUAAACUGCAAGGGAAAAGAAAUAUAAAAAGGGGAAACCAUGAUGCAGAGGAUUCAGAGGACAAGAGCAAAGAAAAGAAGUGUUGUUUGAGCCUGGGUUUUGCAAUUGUUAAUUUUCAGGACAAACAUACACCAUCUUUUGUGCUGGAUCAUUAUAUGAUUCAUUGUUAAAUGAUGCUUAUAGUGACUUCACCAAAAUGUUUUUGAACAUAAAGCUUUUUUCGAUUCAGAGCUAUUGCACAGGAUUCAGUAUAGUCCAGUGCACUUCAGUAUUUCUAUUACAUACAAUAUAUAAAAGUCAAAUAAUGAAAAAUACAGUAAAUCACUGCAGCCUAAAAGUCGAACUUUUACAUGUGCAUGACAGACCUGUCUGUAUAUUUGUGUCUGUAUAUUUGUGUCUUGCCCUGUUAUUUGUUGUCUUGAAAAGCUGUAGAAUUCAGAAGCUAAUGAAUAUUAUUUUGACCAAUAAAGGUUUACUUCUGGAGAAGUUCUCAAAAUCA